UUGAGCCGAGCGCGCAGGGAUUGGGCGGGGGAGGAGCGACUGAAAGGUGCAGACGUGGUGGGCGGGGCUCCAAGCCCCCAGCACAGGACCCACUGGAGAUGGCGCCUUGGACCGGCGGGUCGCUUGAGGGGGUGACCCAGAGCUCUCUCCAGGAAGCCCCAUCGCCCUCUCGCCAGGGCUUGCAUUCCGCCCCCGCCUCUAGUCUCCCCACGUGACUUUUUUAGACCUCGGGGGUGCGCGUGAUUUCCCAGCGAGGGUAGACUAGGGUGCUCUCCAACAAGGGGACCGCCCCCCAAGUCCGCCAAGGGUUCUUAGAGCUGGGAGCCUGAUGGGAGCUGGUGAAGGCGCGCGGCUGCCGGCUCGAGCGAGUUCCUGGGUGUGCGCGUCUCCCCUACCCGGACCCUCGGUCCACCUCUUCCUCCUGUGUCCCGGCCUUUGGUCUCGGCGGGGGUUGCAGAGGGCGGGAGCCCAGAGCCAGCCUGGCAUCUGGGAGGGUCGCACGUAGAGCGGUGCCCCCCCCCUCCCCUGUGCUGAGGCCAGGGGCCGAAGUCAGCCCCGAGGGACCCAGUAGCUGCGGGAGCGCAGGGUAGGGGCUGGAGCGCAGGCCCGAGAAGUGGGAGGGGACAGGUUGAGGGGUGGUCUCUGAGGAGGAGCCAGGCUGGACUGUAUUGUUCGGCACUCGACCUCCCGAGCGCGCGCGGCGCUGGCCCGGGAGGGCGCGCAGGGCGCUUGACUUCCCGGGUUCCCCCCACCAUCGGCGCCCCACAAAGAGAUCCGGGGUUCCCAGCGCGCCCUGAGACGCCUCUGCUUGGCUCGCCAGGGCCCCGGAGGGAGGGGCCUGCUCAGGAGCCUGGCGCCCCGGCCCCCUGCGAUGGCCACAGGACGCAGCCCCAGGGAUUGCGGAUGCCGAGGUGUUCCUUCCUAGCGGGCGCAGCCUUUUCCUCACCCCCCGCCGGGCCGGCAGGAUGGGGGGCGGCGGGUCGGCCCUGAGGGUCUGCGCCGAGCACCGCGGGGGCAUCAACUGGCUCAGUCUGAGCCCGGACGGGCAGCGCCUGCUGACGGGCAGCGAGGACGGCACGGCCCGGCUCUGGAGCACCGCGGACGGCCAGUGCUGCGCCCUCCUUCAAGGACAUGAAAGCUACGUGACCUUCUGCCAGCUGGAGAACGAGGCCGCCUUCACGUGCAGCGCUGACUGCACCAUCAGGAAGUGGGAUGUGCUGACCGGGCAGUGCCUGCAGGUGUUCCGAGGACACACGUCCAUUGUGAACAGGAUCCUGGUCGCCAACAACCAGCUCUUCAGCAGCUCCUAUGACCGGACAGCUCGUGCCUGGAGUGUGGACAAGGGACAGGUGUCCCGGGAGUUCCGGGGCCACCGCAACUGUGUGCUGACGCUAGCCUACUCUGCCCCCUGGGACCUCCCCGGGGCUCCCUUUGAGGAGGAGGCUGUGGCUGGGGGACUCCUGGUAACAGGCAGCACCGAUGGCACGGCAAAGGUGUGGCAGGUGGCCAGUGGGUGCUGCCACCAGACGCUGCGGGGCCACACUGGCGCCGUGCUGUGCCUUGUGCUGGACACGCCCAGCCACACGGCCUUCACUGGCAGCACUGACACCACCAUCCGCGCCUGGGACAUCCUGAGUGGAGAGCAGCUGCGGGUGUUUCGGGAGCACCAGGGAUCGGUCAUCUGUCUGGAGCUCGUGAACCGGCAUGUGUACUCGGGCAGCGCCGACAGGACGGCCAAGUGCUGGCUGGUAGACACAGGGGAGAGCGUGCGCACCUUCACGGCCCACAGACACAGCGUGAGCGCCCUCAAGUACCACGCGGGCACCUGUAAGUGGCCCUGGCCCCCGCCCUCCCCGCGCCACCCCAGCUUGCUGUACCGGCCUUGUCGCUGCCUGUCCCUGUCACUCCUCUCCCCGCAGCAAGUCCUCCCUGGCCAGGGCCUCUCUGCUUCUCUACUUCUCCUUCGAGGUCCCUUUGAGCCUCAGCUGCCAUUCAGGAUGGUCAGCGCCGCAGGGCAGCGGCCAUGCCUCCUCCGUGCUGCAUCCCUCCGCGUUAUUUACAAAGAAGGUUUAAACAAGGCUGUAGGGAUGCCUUCCCACAUUGACCCCCCAAGAACGUGCAGCUCAGAACCUGCAUGUUCAGAGGUCCUAGGGUCAAGGGCACACCCCAAGGACACAUUCUAGUUCUUCACAUGAGACAGUGACUGCACGUACUCCAGCCAGACUUGGGGGCCAGGUGGGUCUGGCUUGACUUGGCAUUAGGUUUCACUACAGAUAAGAGAAAGCCCAGGUAACAGGGGUUUAAAUGCGAUAGUAGCUUAUUUUUCUCUCAGAAGAACUUUAGGGGCUGUCAGUCUAGGCUGGAAUGGAUGGCUCCAUGAAGUUAUCAGACACCCAGAUUCCGCCUGUCACUUUACUUCAUCAUCCUUAGCACAUUAUCUUCUGUCCUUAAGGGGGCCUUAUGGUUCAAGAUGAGCUGCUGGAGCUCCAGCCAUCGUGUCGUAUUUUAGGCCGGCAGGAAGAAGAGGGCAGGGCAGAAGGAUGCGUUUCCUCGCUGAGUAGGCCCCUUUAAAGGAUCUUUCCCGGAAGCUCCACCCACAGACUUCUGCAUACAUCUCUCUGACCACUUCCUGCAAGAGAGGCUGAAUAACGAAAUCUCUUAUUGGGGGACAUUGCUCCCAGGAUUAAUGAGGGUUAUUUUGCAAAGAAGGAAGAGCAGAAUGGCUUGUUGGGUAGGCAGCAAGCUGUCUAUCCCACGGGUCUCAAAUUGUCACACAUCUGGGCUUUGCCUGUCACACAUUUGGGCUUUGCCGGUGCUGUCAAACUGUCUUGCCACGUAGUCACACCCCAGGCACACCCAGAAGACACCCUGUUUCAGGGACGCAUCCGCCCCAACCUCACCACACCUGCGUAGGAGGGGGCUCCCAGGUUCCUGAAGGUCUGUUUCCCAGUGCGAUGUUCAAUGUUAUGUUUUGCCAACAGCUACCCCCCCACACCCCCCCACCCCCAACACACACACACCAGCAGCAGCAGGAAGCCACAGAGCUGAGCCUGACAGUCAUCUUCCUAGCACUGGGGUGUGGGGCAGCCUGGGGUGGGGAAGAGUCACAGUGAAAAAUUCACAGGGACUUCACCACACAGGUGUUAGAUGAAGGCCGAAUGUGGCUCUCUGAAAAUAGAACUUGAGAUGCCCUGGGAUUUAGGUGUGUGACAGGGAAAAUUUAUUUUUUCCUUCUUCCUGUGUCCAAACCCAAAAGUGUGAUUAUGGCUCCGCUCCUGAGUCCCAGACCUCUAAUAUAAAAAGAAGAAGGCUGCCUAGAGCGCCUCCCCUUGGUAGCAGCUGGGAUGGAAGCUGCCCCUGUACCCACUCCCAGGGGCCCUACCUGCUGCCCACUGUUAAGGAACUUGGUCCUUGGUCUUUGCCAACAGGCUGCAGGAUGGUUCGACUUAAUUCCUGACCCUCUUCCCACCCACGGGUUGUGCAGCAGCUGCACUGAGUUGGUGGGGAGGUGAAGGCAGGAAAGGAGCUGAAGACCCAGAAAUGAAAUACCCCUCCCCAGGGCCACAGUCACAGGUGACUGUCACAGAAAAGCUCGGAAUAGGCAGGUGACACAGGAAGUGGAGCAAGGAAGGGAGCCCCCUUGGGGUACCACAUUCAGGGGGACCACGUUCAGGAGCACUUCUUGCUGCAGCACCUGAGGUCCUGUGCCUGAGGGCGUGUUCCUGUGAGGGGCAGGACAGAGGAAGGCUGGGAGGUGACGUCCCCAGGAGAGGCCCUCGGCCAGUGGUUGAUGGGAGUUGCUGCACAAGUAGCCCAGCGUCCUUGCCCCCAGGUGGGACAACUCUGAGACAUGGUCAGCACCUUCUCCCAAGGGCCCCCAGCAGUCACUAGCUCACUAGCACACCUGUAUGAGCAUCCUUGUGUUCUGUUUCUCGCCCCACUUCCUGGAAGGCCCUGCCAGAUGAACUAUUUGCACUUGAGUCCUAGUGUCAGGGUCAGCUGGCACAACCCAGGCUAGCUGAUAAGUGGGCCAGAAGGUCAGCGUUCUCAGUGUGGUCCCUGACCGGCAGCAUUGGCAUCACCUGGAACCAGCUAGAAAUGCAGGUGCUCAGGUGGGCCCAGCAGUCUGCCUCUUAACAAGCCCUGCCCGGGUUUCGGAUACACGUAGGGGUUGGGAACACUGUCGGAAAGGUCAUGAUGUAUUUUUUCUGUGUUUCGUUGCAAAAAAAACGCAUCAUGACUUUUCCGACAAUAAAUUAUAAUGUAGGAAGGCGGGCUUCCCCUGCAAGAGGCUGGACAGGGGCACUCAGAUAGGGAGCCCCAGAGGGCCCAGUUCACUGCUGAGAAGGGGACGGGUGUUUGUGUCUGGUCCUCGCCCGGGAGCUGCUCAGGUGGUGGGGGGAGGCAUGGUACCCCUGAGGCAGGAGCUUCAGAGCUGCCGGCAACACCGGCUCCCACCAGGAGGCCUGAGUGGGACCCUGGGCCCAGGUGUACUCAGCAGGUAGAAACGGCGCAGGCGGCCUGGAACCUGGGGAAGGCCCGGCAGGCCCCCUGACUCACAGAAACGUAGUUAGAUGGUGAAGGCGCCGCCUCCUGCCUUUCAAGGGGCUUCCUCUCCUCCCCGCUUGAACCUUA